UGGGACAUAUUGCUUUGUGCGGUGAAGAAUCGAGUCAUAAAGGUAAAAGUGCGCGCUUUAAACUGUAGCGGACAAAGAUUCCACAAAACAACGAAGAAUAUUUAUGAAACGAAACAGUCCACAUGCUUGGCAUAAUCAACCAGACGUCCACAAAGAUGCCAGCUAAUAUGUUUUCGGAGGUGAAUGCAAACCAAAUUCCUGAAGACCAUCGUGCACUGCAACUUGCGUUUGAGCUCUCAGUUCUGCGGAUGAAUGGUGAUGAAGAAGUUCCAAAUCUCGCAUCAUCAACCAUGGACUCUGAAACAGCGAGGAAACGUAGUGCUAACAUGACGGAAUGUGUACCCGUACCGAGCUCGGAACAUGUAGCUGAAAUUGUUGGAAGACAAGGAUGCAAGAUCAAAGCCCUUAGAGCCAAGACCAACACAUACAUUAAAACUCCAGUCCGAGGGGAGGAGCCAGUAUUUGUCGUGACAGGACGGAAGGAAGAUGUAGGCAUGGCAAAACGAGAAAUUUUGUCAGCAGCUGAACACUUCAGUCAGAUCAGAGCAUCACGCAGAAACAGCAGUGUGUCAAGUUCAUCAUCUAUAACCACCGCAGGCCCAAACGGUCCACCCAGCCCAAGCACACCUGGCCAGGUGACAAUCCAGGUACGUGUGCCAUAUCGUGUUGUGGGACUCGUUGUUGGACCAAAAGGAGCCACCAUCAAACGGAUUCAACAGCAGACACACACAUACAUUGUAACACCCAGUCGUGACAAGGAACCUGUUUUUGAAGUCACAGGACUACCAGAAAAUGUAGAAAAGGCCAAAAUGGAAAUAGAGAGUCACAUUGCCAUCCGUACUGGAGGAGUUAUUGAUGGGCAGAAUGAGGAUGAUUUUCAAAGCAAUGGCAUAGACUCAGGUUUUCAUGAAUUGCAUGGAAAUUCAGACAUGUUUGGUUUUGGCAAGGCCCAUAAUGGACUGAAUGCUCUGAAUAAUUUUCACACGGUCCAGAAUGGAAAUGCUCUCCACAAUGGCGACACCAAUAUUUUCAAUUUUCCCUCAGUCAAUGGACCUAAGAUCAAUGAUUUUACUUUGGGAAAUAUGAUUGGAACCUUCAACUGUUUUGGAAGUUUUGACAACGACGAGGGAAUAGGGGGAUCCCCCUCCUUCGACCCAUUUAUCCCCUCCCACUCCAUGUGGUCUGAUGUGGAUAACUCCAAUCUGGUAACAAGCGUCUUCACCACCAGUGCUGGCAACCCUCAUCAGGGCCCAAGUAGCCUUGGAAACAGCACUCCACGUCAGAUGUCUCCUUCUAUCACUGAUUCGCCCAACAGUUCAUCCAAUGGGAAUUCAAGCAGCAAUCCCCCAUCUCCACCACUUAACCUCCUGGAAGGUAUACCAGGAAACACAGGCCUGCUCAAGUCAUCAUUAAACGGGACCCAGGGCUCAAAUUUUCCGCAUACCUCCGUGAUGGAUAUGGGGCUGGUCACCAGUUUAUCACCUGCUAUUACCACAGCCUCCCAUGUGAAAACGUCAGGAGGUGUCUCCAUUCCUGUGCAGGUUCCCAUGGUAAAUGGUCGCCCACGCCGUCAGUGCUUAAUGUGUUCAGAUAGUGAAAUUGUGGCUGCUCUUGUUCCAUGUGGGCAUAAUCUUUUCUGCAUGGAAUGUGCAAAUCUGAUCGUGGAAAAACCAGUCAGCGAGAGGAGCUGUCCAGUCUGCAGCCAAACCAUUUCUCAGGCAAUGCGCAUAUUUUCAUAAUAAUUUGGUGAAACACAAAAACAAUCAUCUUUAGAAAAUCCAAAGAACAAAUUAUCGAAGAACCUUAACAAAUUUCCAUUUUGUUUGUUAUAUUUGAGAUUAUGUUGUCAUGGAUUUUUUUAGUCAGUGAGGUUCUUUUAUGGUUAAAUUUCAAAGAGAAAAAAAACACAGGCAGUGCUAUGCAAUGCAGAUAUGGACUUUAUCCCCCUUCAGUGAGGCACCCACCUAUUUACUCUAUUUCCUUUGAACGCCUGACGUUGAUUUGGCAGACUGGAAAGCUAUUCUAGGCAUACCUCACAAAAAGCAGCCAAAGUCAGCCAUGUUGAUUCCAGCAGUGAUGUGGACCAAAUGAACAACAGGCUUCAAAUACUGUUAUUAUUUUUCUAGCCUUAAUUAGUUAUUAUAUCUAUUAUUAAGUAAGCACAGUAGUUUAAUUUUUUUUAUUUGCAAAAGAAUUUAUUUUUAUAUUCCAUUGUCUCAUUGUUAACUAUAGUAUUGGUUGUUUUAUGAGAGAGCCUGAAUAUAUAGGAAAAAAAUAGCCAAGAAAUGUAGCUUUACAAUUGUCAAUUUUUUAUACUUUUUUUUUUGAUUAAGUUGGAUAUUUAAUGUACACCAGUCAACAUUGCCACCUUUGUUUCUGAGUGAACCAAUGAAUGCAAUAGUGUGUCCCUAAACAUUCUCAUGGAUAAAUUCCCCAUUAUUUUUGUACGGAGUUAGAUAAUAUAUCAUGUGUUCAUUGCAACUUAUAAAAUGGUAAUUAUAAAAUGUUUAUAUUUUCAUUUCAUGCACAUAAGCAGAACUUGCUGUGAAUUAUUUCCUCUUGAUAUAUAUAUGCAAUGAAAUUUGAGAAAAUAGUUUAUUUUUCAACAGCACCAAUCCAGAAUUUUUUUGUUGUUGAGUUGUUUGUGAGAUUUGCUGUCCAUUGAUGUCAACACUAUAUAUAAUGUAUCUUAUAUAUGUAUUGUGUAUUUUAUGCUUUUCUGUUGAGUAUAUAAGAAUGAUUGCUGGUCAAGAUCAAACUUGGACACAAACUCCCAAGUCCUUGGAGUAUUUUUCUACAUGUGUAUCUAGUGUGCAUAAAUUUACAAUAUGUUCCCAUUGAAAUAUAUUUUUAUAUAUAUAUGACUGUAUUCUAUGUGAUAUUGACUAUACAGCUUCCAUUAUGGUAUAUGUAUCCUAAGCAUGUGGCUUUUUUUCCCUCUGUCUACAAAAUAAGCUGCAUUUCUCAACACGUUUAAACUACAUAUUUACUCCUUGGUUUUAAUCAGUUUGCCAAAAAUUCACUUUUGCACAGGAAAAAGAAAUAACUAUCUCAUCAUCAUGAUUUAUUUAGUCUUCUAAGAAAAUCAUUUUUAGUUAUUGAAAGCAUUUAUCUUGAAUAUUAUCAAAGCAUAAUCAAGAAUCCAGCUGUGCAAUAAAUGUAAUCAAACUGUAAUCCUAAGUCAACCAUCUUCAUGUAUUUAGAUCUGCCUGCCAUAUCAGUUACAAGAUUUUUGUUAUGUAUACUAUAUAGAAUAAUUUUGUUGUAAACAUCAUAUCCAACUUCUAGGUUGUGUUGUCGUGCAGUCAUCAAACUGCAUGUAUGUUAUUGAUAUUUUAUACAAAUAUGCCUAUUUGGUGCUCUGUUUUAAGUUUGCCAAUUUUAUUUCCAUGGAACUGCUAAAGUGUUGCUUGGAACAUAAAAGUUUAUGCUGAGAAAAUGCAAGGUUACAUUUGUAUGCCUUUGGGUUUUUAUGAGAAUGGUCCCACUUGCUACAGAUUUUUUUCUUUGUUGCAAUUUCUUUAUAUGUUUAGCGUUAGUUUCCUAGAGAUUGUUUAUUUUGUUGAUGCUAACUAUAGAGACUGGUCCAAUGCUUCUACUAGGAAAAUUUGAAUUUGUGGGUUAGAAAUUGGGGAGUGAAAGAAAUGAAAUUGUUACCGAUUCCAUAUAUAUAUAUAUAUAUAUAUAUAUAUAUAUAUAUAUAUAUAUAUAUAUAUAUAUAUAUAUAGAGGUAAAAAAGACUUUAAAUUUUAAUUUGGCUAGGGAAAACAGGGUACUGGAUCAUGACACACACUUAUGCUCAAAUGCUACUUACAAGUUCAGAUAUAUUUCAAAAAAUUCAAACCAAGCCAGAAAUCGACAAACUUAAUAACCAAAGAUAUUACUUGUACCUAUUCCCAGUGCUAGUCAAUCAUUUUAUAAUCAUUCAUUGGAAACUUUUUAUGCUCAUUUUAGUAUCUCACAAUUUUUUAAUUUAUAUGAUUCAUAAUGUCAAAAAGCAAGUAUAUUCACCAUUUUAGAUUUGCAAUUAGAUGAUUCUUGCCUUUUAUUUUUAUAUACAAUCCAAUCAAUAUCUAUGAGAGAGAGUAACCUACUACAAAUUAUUUUAUAUGCAGAAAUGUAUCCAUGUUUGUACGUAAUACAAGUAUGUAAUGGUAUUGAUGCACUUGUGUAUACCAGGAGAUCUGAAUUAUAUUGUUUAUUGAGCGCACACAAAAACGUAAUGUUCCUUUCAUUGGUACAGAGAAAAAUAUAAAUUAUGCAAUUUCCAUUAUUCAUAUGUAAUCAUCUUCAGUGUUAACAAUAUGCUGUUUUUCAGUUUAGGCCCACUUGAUUGUUUUUUAAAUUCUAUUUUACCCAGUUGUCAAAAGAGAUUUUACAAUGACCAUUGAAGUAGCUGAUAAUAUUUUAUUAUAUAUUUAAAAGAAUGGCAUUGAAUGGUUUAUUUUUAUUGACCUCAGGUCAAGGUCAGUUUGGACCUAGGUCAGGGUUAUGUAAUUGCAAAGACCAUUCCUGUAGUAUUUAGAAGAAUGAAAUUUGUUUAUUAUUGACAAAUUAUAUUCUGUAACAAAUAUAUAGUAUAAAUUUAAUGAUUUAUUUUUAAGGGCCUUUGUAAUAAUUACAGUGUAAAUGUAUCAAAUAAUCCCUCCGGAUUAGCUUUUUAUUGGAAUCAAAGUGUGUAUUUAAGUAGUGAACAAAUUAUUGCAGUAUUAUAUAGACUACAAAAUAACUUAUGUAAAAAAUCCUUGUAACCUUGUUGUGAUUUUGAGAGUAAUAUAUUCUGAAGCUUGGACUAUAGUGUCACUGUACAGAGCUCCAUGUUUAGAUAGUGUUUUGUAUUUUAUUAUUAUUUACCAAUAUAUUGUAUGUCAGUUUUUGAUUAUUGAUGCAACCGUUCGACAAAAAAGUAUAAAGAUAUUUUUUAUUUUAUCUAGGUCUCCAGUAGAGGCCCACCAAAAUUAUAUUUGGUGAAAUUAUAAAAUGUCAAGUUUUAUUUUUCUGCAAAUAAAAAUCUUACUAAUA